UUUCUUUUGCAGAAAAGAUACCAGGUACUUCAUGCUACUUAUCAGCCGCCGAGGACGUCGCAGCAAUCCUCAAAAAGAAAUCCGUACUGUUUCGUUACCCAAUCUUCUACACUUUUUUUCCCUGCUACAAACAUUUAUUCGCGUCGCUGCAUCGACUAGCAGAACGGACUCUUACCAAUUUUGCUUACAUUACUGGCCAAUAACAAUCACGACGUUUCCUCAUAACGAUAUUUCCAAUCACCUCCAACCCGAAAAGCCGACCACGUUUCCGUCAUACAGCUUGACGUAGGUACAUUCAGGUUUAUCGAUAGGACACAACAAGUACGAGGAUUGAGUUCCAGCCUUACGCGCGGUUGGUAGACCUCAGCGCACGUCGAGCCUUCCUGAUGAGGCGGCUCGACUCGACAAGGUGCGACUGCCUCACGAGACGAUAGCAACCAUGUCUUCCAGUAACCCUGACAUUCGAUCGCUUGAGCGAAUCAUAUCGAAUAUGCUUAAUAAAAAGUUACAGCAGAUUUGUUCGUCUCAUGGGUUAAAAACAGGUGGGGUCAAGGCCGACCUGCAGAAUCGCAUCAAGGACGCGCUCCAUGAAAACUUCACAUCCGAUCCCACCAACUUUGGAAAAAUCCGGGAUACGAUAUUAUCCGUCCAGAACGGUUCCGGUCGAUCGAGUAUGGCGCCUCCGCUAGGUUCAGGCUCCGGUAGUCAGCUUCCCGCCCAAAGUAAUCGUAGCAAUUAUGCUUCCUAUGGUUAUAACCCAUAUCCGCAAACUGGUUCCGGCGUGUCUCAACAAGGCAGUGUCUACAAUGGCCACAGGGACACUGUUCUUGGGUACGGUCGAGUACCUCCAUCGGAUAAUCUCUUUAAGAACACUCCUUUUUACACCAUCGAGAUGAGAGUCAGCUCUCUGCAGACGUGCCAAAUCAUGAGUAACCAUCGCAACUCAGUCAACAUCGUUUUAAGAUCCAACGACUAUCCAGAAUUGGCUCGUUGCGGUCCGUACCCAUCGCCUAUGAGAGUUAUGGUCUUUUGUGGCAGCGAGAAUACGGGCCCUCAAGAGAUCCAGUUCCCACAUCAAGCUGAGCUUAAGGUGAAUGGGGAAGAUAUAAAGCAUAACCUACGAGGCCUUAAGAACAAGCCGGGAUCGACUCACCCGGUUGACAUUACGCAACACUUACGACUAAAACCGAGCACGUAUACGAACAACAUCGAGUUCACUUAUGCAUUGACCUCGAAGAAGUUCUAUCUAGCUCUUUAUUUGUGCAAGACACAUUCGAUCGACGAGCUUGUUGCGAAGAUCAAGACGAAGAAGAUUUCUAAAGCUUCCGUCAUUAGAGAGAUUUCGAAGAAGGCUAACGACCCGGACAUCGUAACAACAUCUCAGGUGUUAUCUCUGCUGUGUCCAUUAACCUAUAUGAGACUAAAGACCCCCUGCCGAGGAAUGUCCUGCAAUCACAUCCAGUGUUUUGAUGCGAAUUCGUUCAUGCAGCUUCAAGAACAGGGACCGACGUGGAGCUGCCCGAUCUGCUACAAGGCAGUGCCGUUCGAGACAUUGGCCAUCGAUGACUACGUAGAUGAGGUCUUGUCGACCACGCCCGACUCGUUACAGCAGGUUACGAUCGAACCGGAUGGUCAGUGGAAAACUAAGACGGAAGAGCCAGAACCUAGCCGUUUUCGACCUGCCGUCAGUAGUAAGAUCGAGGACGACGAUGAUAUUUCAAUCAUCUCUGACUCUCACGGUUUCCCUAACGGUACUUCCACCAGCACGGCCAAUGGAAGGAACAACUAUAGCACACCUAGCCGAUCUUUUGCUCACAGCGGAACACCCAGCGGAGGUGCUCGAGACACGUCUACGGCGCCAAGAUCAAGCCAUAAGCGACCGGCAGAGGUGAUCGACCUCACCCUUAGUAGUGAUGAGGACGACGAACCUAUUGCCCGCGCACCGAAGCGCCAGAAUCAAGGGACAACGCUUAACGGUCUCAGUUACCCCUCUAGCUACAACCCUUAUUAGGAAAAUGGGUCUCGCCCACCGCGACCUCGUGACGCUAAAAGACCUCCACGGCCCACAACGAGGCAGCGUCUGGAGAACAUGAUAACCAACUUUCUGCGACCCAAUGGAAAUGGUCAUGAUUAGCACUGAAGGUUAGGUUUUGCCUAGUCCUACGCACUUGACACGAUAGUUCUACGGUGAUCAGACCAGACGGCACCGAAUCUGAUAAUAACGGAAGUUCCAGGUGGAGGUUUUGUUCUGUACAUAGGACCCGAUUAGUUCCUCGGGCGGAAGAGUCUAAGUGCGUGUGUGUGUGUGUUUGUGUAAGGUUAUGAGGAACGAUAGGGGGAGGAUUGAUCACAUCGGCGUUUGGGGGCGGGAAAUACCUCUUGCAUUUCGAGGCUAAAACGGCUGGAUUGCUAAAUAAAUGAACCAAGUUUACUCUAUCCGAUGAACGUCUACUUGAGAGGCUUCCAUCGGUCUCUUUGCUGUUUAGUCUUAAUUUAAGACUGAAUACUAAUG